AUGGUGGUGGAUGUUAGGAGGGUGAAUGAUAGGCUAAUGACUAUUGGGCUAGUGGUUGGUGGGGUCACUUUUAACGUGAUUAGUGCUUACGCACCUCAGCUCAUCAUUGGAGGUGAUUUUAGUGGCCAUAUUGAGGUGACUACUAGGGGUUAUGAUGAGUUGCAUGGCGGGUUCGGUUUCGGAGUUAGGAAUGAGGGCGGUACCACUUUGUUGGAUUUUGCUAAAGCGCUUGACCUGGUGUUAACUAAUUCAUGUUUCCAAAAGAGGGAGGAACAAUUGGUCACUUUCUGGAGUAAGAUUGUCAGGACUCAGACUGAUUACCUUCUCCUUCAAAGGAGUGAUAAGGGCCUUUGUACUGAUUGCAAGAUUAUCCCGAGUGAGUGUCUGUCGAUGCAACGUAGACUCCUGGUAAUGGACUUGGCAAGAGAGUAA